AUGACUACAGUUUCUUGUGAUAAAGAUGAAAACAAGGUCGAUCAGCUUGGCGAGUCGUUAAGCCAACUUCGCAUUAGUACACGGAAAAAUAACAAGCCAUCGCAGAAGAAAGGGUCAUUGGUGUUAUCAUGCAAAAAAUUUCCACAUGUUUCUGUGAAUUAUGUUGUUGAUAAGACCCCCAAAUUGUUGACAGAUUGCAAAGAAGUUCAUAACUGUUCAUACAUCAUUAAUGAUGCGACGUUAUUAUGGAAUGAAGCAUCCCGCAAACCAAGACUCCGGCCAGAGGUUUGCACCUACAUCAAGGACUCGAAAUGGGAAAAUAAAGCAGUUAAGGAUUCUUUCAUUGGUAUCGAUUUAACGAAAGGAUAUGAUGAUUAUGUCCCGUUAGACAGAAAUGUAUUAAACUCACUGGUCAUCUUAAAAGAGGCCUAUCAGCGAUAUGAAAAAACCUUGAAUCCGGAGAAGACUACUUUUGUGUCUUUGAGACAUCAUAUUAUUGAUAUAAUCAUGUGUCCAUUCCUAGACGAACCGCUGUCUUUGCUCAUGACAGUACAACCAGAUAAAAACAUACUCAUAUCUGUUGAUAAAUCUAAGGACAAACCGAAUGGCAUACACGAAACUAGAAACUCUUUCAAUAAAAAGAUCUGCUAUACUGGAUUCGCAUUAGAGGACCUCCUAAUUGAAUCUCCGACAGAGGGUCAUAUUUUAGAGCAUGAAUUAUACUACUCAAUUGUUCAUGGAUCACUAAAUGAUGAAAUUGAUUUACUUAUUCAGGCGGAGAUGGAUUCUAUUAAUACUCUAACAGACACAUAUACUGAAAUCAAAAGUUCAGUGCAUUUUAAACUAGGUAAUACAUACCAUAGAAGAAAGUUACUGAGGAUGUGGAUUCAAACCAAUUUACUGCCAAAAUCAGAUCUUUUAAUAGGAUUUCGAAACUCUUACUCGAAUGAGUUGGAGCAAUUGAAAGCCUAUAAGAUACAAGAUAUUUAUCAUAAGAUCAACAAUAGUUCCAUAGUAGGCAAGCCGGGAAAGUUUUAUAAAUUCAAUCCCAAUGUGGCCAAUGAUUGGUUUCAGCACAUAUUUCAGGUUCUUAAACAGAAUCUACUUUUACUUUCCCAAGAGAGCACAUCCACAACUUUUAAGGUACAAAUAGAUACAAAUCUCACUCUGUCGAUUUCACCGGCAUCACAAUUUGUAACUGCUUUGGGAUAG